AUGAAAUUCAAUAUCGCCUGUAUCCAGAAUUGUGCCACAGACAAUCUGAGUCAAACCAUUCAGGAUUGUGAAGUUCUGUCUCGAGAAGCUUACGAUGCUGGAGCUGAUCUAAUCUGUCUGCCCGAAUUCUUUUCAUAUUUGAACCUUAACGAGAAGGGUCUGGAUGUAGCGCCAUUCCGGGAAUCCGAACAUCCAACUUUGGCAGCUUUUCAAGAGCUGUCACUCAAAUUGCAAGUCUGGAUUCUGCUGGGUUCGAUAGCCAUUUACGAUUCUCAGGGGAAGAAACGAAAUCGAUCGAUACUUUUGAAUCCACGAGGAGAAAUCGAGGUUCGAUACGACAAGAUCCACAUGUUCGAUGUAAAUCUCCCGAAUGGAGAAGUCUAUCGAGAAUCAGACGUAUUCUCUCCCGGCAACAAAGCGGUUACUGCAAGCUUACCUUGGGGCGAGUUGGGACUGACGGUUUGCUAUGAUUUGCGCUUCCCGCAUUUAUACCGUUCGCUAGCACAUGCCGGGGCAGAUGUAAUUUCUGUACCUGCCGCUUUUACUCGAACAACCGGACAAGCGCACUGGCAUGUCAUGCUUAGAAGUCGAGCCAUUGAGACUGGCGCCUAUGUCGUGGCACCCUGUCAAUAUGGAGAUCAUGGCAGAGCGAAAACGUACGGCCACUCAUUGAUUAUUGACCCAUGGGGGAGAAUACUCGCGGAUGGCGGAGAAGACAGAGGCUAUAUAAUCGCCGAAGUCGACAUGGAAGAAGUUAAGAAUGCUCGGCGAAUGAUUCCGGCUCUUGAACAUGACCGAGAUUACACCAAACCCAAUCUUGAACUACCGCAGACGCUUCGAAAAGUGUCUUAG